GGCUGUUAUGUUUAGUCUCGGGAGCAUUGUGGUCCAUAUCGAACUCGUUAUCUCUCAUGAGUAGCUGUGAUAGCCGAUAGAAUAUCUCAUCACACACAUUUUGAAGCAUCCACCAAUUGGCCUGCACCAACUAGUAUCAUUCGACAUAAUGCAGGCAUACGUGCUUCUGGUGAUACUCGCACUCCUUGUAGGAGCCCAGCUCCUGGCCAAGAUCUAUCGCGGCUUCGCGGGCCCACUCGCAUCCGUCCCUGGCCCUUUCCUUGCGCGAUUCACAGACCUAUGGUAUGCAUGGAGGAUUCACCAGGGCCGCUUUGAGGUUGAUAACAUUGAGCUUCAUCAGAAAUAUGGCCCCAUCGUUCGAUAUGGUCCGAAUAGAUUCAGUAUCAAUGAUCCACAUGCAGCGAAGGUGAUCUAUGGUCACGGCCACGCAUUUGCAAAGUCCACGUGGUAUGACGCGUGGGGUGAUCCGAACCCUCACCAAUGGUCUUUGUUCUCGGAUCGAGAUGAGAAGCGCCAUAGUGAGAACCGCCGUCUCUAUCAGAGCAUGUACAGCAUGUCAUCCUUGGUGAACUACGAAAGCUACGUCGACGAGUGCGCGGAUCUAUUUUCCAGGAGGCUCUCGGAGAUGAGUGGUAGAGGAAAGGCGGCGCAGCCCGUUGACAUGGGACACUGGUUCCAGUGUUACGCAUUUGAUGUAGUGGGUAUGAUCACAUACUCGAAAAGACUUGGUUUCUUAGACCAAGGACUCGAUGUCGGAGCGGUGAUCAAAAAUCUUGAGAAUCAUCUUUACUAUGCAACAAUGGUUGGAGUAUACUCAUACCUUCACUCAUACUUAGCCCUUAUCAGGGGUCGGCUAGGUAAACGGGGCACAGGCAGGCAGUUCAUCGUUGAGUUCACCAGGGGCUGCUUGGCAGACCACCAGACAAAACCCAAAGCAGUUGACGCUGAGGAUACUUCACACCUCUCGGAACAGUCUGGGACAAUGGAUUUCCUCUCUAAGUUCCUCGGAAAGCACUCUGAGGAUUCAUCAACAUUCUCUCAGUAUCAUGUUCUGGCAGGCUGUGUGUCAAACAUGGUUGCAGGCUCGGACACCACUGCCAUCAGUCUCAGCGCCAUCUUGUAUCAGCUUCUCCGGAAUCCCAAAGAGAUGAGCAAAUUGCAAAAAGAGAUUGAUGAGUUUUAUUCCCGGAGAACUGGCGAUCCUCGGCGGCUCAACUUCCAGGAGAGUCGCAAGCUACCAUACCUUCAGGCAGUCAUCAAAGAAGCAUUGAGAUUGCACCCUGCGACUGGUCUUCCUCUUGAGAGAGUUGUUCCUGAGGGAGGGGCAACUAUUACCGGGAGAUUCUUUCCGGCAGGGACCAUCCUGGGGAUCAACACCUGGGUCGAGCACCACCACACAACCAUCUUUGGUGAAGAUGCAGCCGCUUUCAAACCAGAUCGCUGGCUAACUACGGACACCGAUCGUUUGUCGGCCAUGAAUAGACAUUGGAUGCCGUUCGGCCUGGGAUCACGAACUUGCAUCGGAAGACACAUAUCAAUCCUGGAAAUAUCAAAACUGAUGCCUAGAUUACUGCACGAGUUCAAUUUUGAACUUUGUAGGGACGCUCCCUGGGUGACAAGGAACUGCUGGUUCGUCAAGCCAGUGGGCUUCCAGGUUCGAGUCAAUGCACGGCGAUCGCAGGGUGUUGUAGUUGGGGCUUUCUAGGCUUCUCGCGGAUUGGAUGCCCGCUUUAGAGCGCCUGCUGCUCGAUGUUCUUGACAUAGGUAAUUACGCCCCAAAUCGGAGUGAACGAGUGUGUUCUUGUCUAGUAAACCAAAGUACAAGAAUCGAAGUCCCAAAAUCUCAAACCCUCGUGGAUAUCUUCAAAGCAUUGAUGUGCCAAACGAAUGCAACCCUUUCGAACCCCGAGGCUAUGCUGUGAUUUUCAACGCCGUCGUGCUUCACCCAAGAAAAAGAAAAAAAGAAAAAAAAGAAAAAAGAAUUAAAUUAAAUUUUUGAGUAGCAAAUGCUACAUGUUCAUUUUCGCUCUGUCGCUGGUUCUCUCCAUCCUACAUGCGACUUGUACGGAGUCUUUGGAUCUCAUCCUUCUUCUUAUCAGCGCUUGUCUCUUAUUCUUGUGUGUAAGGUGCACGUACUGGUGAGAGGUCACGCGGAGCA